UACAAAUUAGAUAUGUAGAGAACCAUUGAACAAUUGACAGUGUAUCUAUUGACUUCUGACUGUUACCCUCUUGCCAAGUCCCUCCACCUCCCCUGUUUGUUGCUAGUGGCCUUGACCGUGCUUCACCACCAGAACAGACCGUACAUGUACUUAUUGGGAUACAGAGCGAUCUAGUGACAAUAAAAACAAUUCCUGCUCCUUUCCUAGUGAAUGGGCGCGCCGGUUCGACUUUUACUUUGACCGACGAUAUGGCCAACAGACAGUGUGAACACAGGCCACGUACAGCAUAGCUAAGCUCUACAGGGCUGAUCGUAUUCGAAUAUGUCUGACCUGACUGGCUCGGCUGCGGUGGAUGAGCACAGCGACGGGAGCUCACCGACGCUACGAGACUUCGCUGCGGCGUCUAGCGAGGUCCACAGGUUAGCAGCCCUCACAGCAGCUAUGAUGGACGCCCGACACGCGAGUGCGGCAUACGAGCGGCGGGUUGAGUCAAGUCGCCGAAGCAGGCAUACUGCCAAUCCUGCCAGCGUUGCUGAAAGCUCGCCGCAACGUAGCGUUGGCGAGGGUUCGAGGGUCCUGUCUCGGCACCGACGGUCCAGUUCCCGCACACGGGUCCGCUCUACCAGCGUGACACGGACCAGCGCCACCGGGACCAGCGCAACAUCAGGGGCCAUGUUGGAGGAGAUAAGCACGGCCACAUCGCCCGCCAACCACCCCCGCAGCCGGGGACUCAGCAGUAACUCCCACCAAGGCAUCAACGUGCGUUCAAGCCAGCGCUUGGUGUCAGCUGAAGCCCUUGUUCGGGGUGCAGUGCCAACCAGCAUGACGGCACUGCGGCGGCAUGUGGACGAGCUUUCAGCUCAGCUUAAGCUGGCGCGCGCCAAGCAGGAAACCGACGCAAUUAUGAUUCGGGACCUGCAGCAAGACAACGCCAACCUUAAGCACCUGGUUGAAAGCGCCAACGAGGUUUCAGACGCCGCCUCAGCGUCGCUGCGUGAGCUGACACGCACGCGCAGGAAUUACGAUGAGCUCCGGCAGGAGGCUGAGGUCUUGCAGCGGCGGGCACAAGAAGCAGAGCGGCGGUGCGAGCACUUGCAGCAGGUCCUCCACGGCACGGAGCUGCGGAUGACAGAACUAGAGGAGCGUGCAGACCGCGCGGAGCAGGAGCUUAUGCAGAGCAGCGAGCGCGCCCUUCAUCGCUCGGAUCUCACACUCGAGACCAUCACCGAGCGCAUCCAGAGUGCCGAGCGGCGUGCGACUCGCGCGGAGCAUGCGGCUGCGCAGGAACAGGCACGCGCUGUGGACGCUGCCCAGCGUGCCACGCGCGCUGAGGCCUCCACUGAAAAAGAGCACGAGCGGGCCCUGGAUGCGGAACGGCGGGCGGCCAGGGCUGAGCUCUUGCUUCAGGAGCUGCAGGCGCAGGUUCUCGACUUGGAGCGGCAGCUUUCCCAGGCCAAGCAGCUAGCAGAGGCGGACGUGGCCCGUGUAGUUGACGCCGAGCGGCGUGCAGUUUGUGCCGAGCAUGCUGCUGCCCAGGACAGGGAGCGUAUUACUGACGCCGAACGGCUUGCAAGCCAAGCCGAAGACGAAGCACAGGAGGCCCGUGCCCUUGCUGCGGAAGCAGAAAGGCGGGCCACCACCGCUGAGAGUGCCCUUGAGGACGAACGGGCGCGAACAGACGCAGCUGAACGCCGAGCUGCACGAGCAGACAAGGAAACAGAUGAGGCGAGGCAGCUUGCAAUAGAUGCAGAACGCCGGGCCGUGCGGGCCACCCAGUUACUAGACGAGGCAGAACGUCGCGCCGAGCGUGCCGAGCAGGCCCAGCGCGAGGCAGAGACACGCUUGCUGGAGGCUGAGCGGCAGGCAGCACGGGCCGCAGAAGCCGAGCGGCGGGCGGUGCAGGCGUUGGAGGACGCAGAAGCGCGCACCUCAGAACUUGAGCGCCGCGCAACCCGGGCUGAACAGGCCCGUGGUGAGGCCCUUGCAUGCGCCUCAGACACAGAGCGGCGCUUGGCCGUUGUAGAGCAAGCCGCUGAGGAUGCCAUGGCGCGUGCCGCCGACGCUGAGGCCCGGGCUGCACGCGCCGAGCUGGCCGCUCAGCAAGACCGGCAGGCUGCUGCGGAGGCUGACUCCCACACAUCAUGUGCUCAGCAGGCGCUCGAGCAGUUGCAAACCGACCUGCUGGCAGCUGAACGGCGCGCUAUUCGCGCUGAACAGGUCCUUGAAGAGGACCGUGCUCAGGCAGACGAAGCUAAUGCCCAGCUGGCGGAUGCCGAGGCGCGGGCCGCUCGUGCGGAGCAGCUGGUUGCGAAGGAGAGCGAGCGAGCUCAGGAGGAGGCUCGGCAUGCAGCCCGCAUGGAGGCGGCAGCCUUGCAGGAUCAGGAGCGUGCGCGUGAGGCUGAAGACCGCACUGCUGCAGCUGUGGCGCGUGCACAGCAAGCCGAGAAGCGUCUGGCAGUUGCGGAGGGCCAUGUGGCGGCGCUGGAGGAGCGCCUGCAGCAGGCCCGCUCUGUGGCCGACGCCGCGGACACCCGUGCUUCUGAUGCCGAGCGCAGACGGGACAAGCUUGCGGCGGAGUGCAGGGAGCUGCGGCAGCAGCUGCACAUGGUUAUGAUCCAGCUGGCAGGCAUUCCAAACUCUGCUGAGCGAUCGCAGCUGCGGUCGCGCAGCCGGAACCAGCAGUCAGACCUGACCCGCAGCCCCCGUUGCGUUACGUCAUCAGCCAUAAGCGGAGUGCCUGAUGCUGGGGAGCUGGAGCAGGACACAGCUUCUUCUGUGCGCUGGGCGCGGCCUGGAGAGGCCCAUGUGUCCUUCUCUCCUGCCUCGACGCCUCGCAAUACCGUGCCUGGAAGCACAGGCGCGCGCAUCCAGUUGUGGGCGGACGGAAACGCACCGCCUGCGUUUGAGCAUGGGCCUGGCAGCCAGCGUCCUGCAGAGAGUGAGUCUGCCACUCAUCGCAGCGGUGUCGCUGGCAAGGCUACGGAUGACGCCGAGGGCGACGUGUCGGGCCCGGCAGCUGCGGAUCUUGCAGCGAGGGAGAGGGAGUUCGCAGUUUCCGGUUCGCCCUUGCGGCUGGGCCAGGCGCUUGCCUCAGGCGCCGGCCUGACGCCACGCAGCCGCGCGUCCAUAACGCUGGAUCAGUACCUUGACGGCAGCAAUGCGCUGGCUGAGGAGCUCAGGAAUGUCCGCGGCGAGUUGCGAAGCGCCCGCCAGGAGCUGAGUGACCUCAAGUCCCAGCACCGUGCGGCAUGCAGCCGUGUGCAGCAGCUGGAAGAGCAGGCCGCGGGCUGCGAGCAGCUUAAAGCCAAGCUCAGCCGGAUGUCAGCACAGAUCCGCAAUUCAGAGCGGCUGGCGGCGGAGGCGCGCAGCUACCGCGCCCAGCUGGCCGAGCUUGAGGGCCUGCAGCUGGAGCUGCGCAAGGCGCAGGCUGAGCUGGCCGAGGCACACGGCGUGCGUACGGCAUUGGAGGACGCGCGCUCGCAGCUUGUUGACAUGGAAAGGGUCCGCUCGGAGUCCAGGCGCGUGAACGCAUCGCUGCAAACAGUAACGCGUGAACGUGACGCUGCCCGGAGUGAGCUCGCCGAGGCCUCUGCGCAGCUUGUGGACCUCGCGGCACUGAAGGCGCAGCUGCAGCGUGCGGAGGUGGAGGCGGCUGAGGCCGAGCAGGGCCGGGAGGAGGCACGCGCUGCAGCGGCUACAGCUGCAGCCCAGAUCGACAAGCUACGGGCGCAGCUGGCCACCGCGGAGGAGGAGUUGGCGGAGGCUUUGCGGCGGUGCACCCGGCUGCAAGGAGCGGCGGACGAGGCGGCGCACCAGCGGGACCGCGCGCAGGCAGCGCUGGGUGGCGCCGAGGGCGCUCUCCGGGCCGCCGAGGAGGAACGAGCCGUGCUGGUCUCGGAGCAGGAGCGCCUGAAAGGGAAGGUGCAGGAGCUGGCAGACGCGCAGGACGAAAUCCGCUCGCUCAGGUCCCAGCUCCAAGAGGCAGUCGCAACGCAGCGGCGGACGGCCCAAGCUGAGAAGGAGGCCCAGGCCCGGUUCGAGGAGGCGCAGCAGCAAAUUGCGGUGCUCAAGGGCCAGCUGGCGCAGGCCGCUGCGGAGCAGGUCGACGCGGAGGCUCUGCAGCAGCAGCUACAGGCCGCACUGGGCCAGGUGCAGUCCAUGAAGGGCGAGCUGACGGUCGCGGCGGACAAGCUGGAUGACUUUGCCAAGUUGCAGGCUGAGCUCGCGGCAACAGCGGAGCGUGCUGACAAAGCAGAGUCGCAGCUGCGUGUCGCUAACGAGGACAUUGCACGCAUGUCGGCCGAGGCUCAGCGGCUUAACCAGGAGGUGGAUGACGCCCGGCGGGACCUGACAAAGAGCCAGGAAGAGGAGGCCGCCGCCACGUCAUUGGCAACCAGCAGGGGAAGCAGGAUAGGCGAGCUUGAGCGCGAUAUGGCGAGGAUGCGUGAAGCCUCCUACCAGCUGGAGGUGGAGGUGGCGCGUAUGACCACCGAGCUGCACCGCCUCAGGAACGACCUUGCAAGCGCGUCCGACAUGAUUGAAGAAGCCACAACCGCACGCAACCAGCUGUCGAAGCAGCUAGAGGAGGCCAACAGGCAGCUUGCGCGCAACUCGUCGGGGGCGGCUGCAGCAGAGGAGCAUUUCAAGGCGGACAUGCAGCAAAUGGAGGUUCGCCUCGCUGCUUCCGAAGCGGAGUGUCGUUCGCUGCAGCAUACAAACGGAUCUCUACACGACAAGAUCGAGCGCCUACAGGCAGACGCACGGACGCUGCAGGCCCAGCUGCAAGAAGAGUCCAGGAAGAAGGACGAGCAAGCUGCCGAGUGCCGCCGGCUCCAGAAAGAGUUAGAGCUGGCAUCCGACGGCCUCACCCAGUCACAGCGGUCCCAACGCAGCGCAGCCGCUGCCGCCGCAGACCUUGAGGCGGAGGUGGAGCAGCUGCAAGGCGCACGCUCCGCGCUGGAAACCGAGCUGCAUGCCGCCAGCGUUCGUGUGCAGAAGCUGCAGGAGGAAUUGCAGGAGGUGACAGCGCGCAACUCGGAGCUUGCCAGUCAGCUGCAUGGCCUGUCGUCCACCGUACGGCAGCUGGAAGCCGAGAACGCCCGACUGGCUGAUGGGCAUGCGACGCUGACGGUGGAGUUGGAGGCUCGUGCGGCAGAGGGACGGGCGGCUCGUGGCGAGGCGACGGAGCUGGCGGCUGACCGAGCCCGGCUGAUGGCCGAGCUGCAGGCCAUGCGGGAGGAGUUGGAGCAGGUGCAGGCUGAGCGGCCGGACGUGUCCUCUUCGUCUGAGUUCACCUCGAGGCGCAACCCCCGCAUCACGAUCACCGGCGGUGGCAUUCCGCCCGUCUCGGCUAUCGGCAGCUCCCUGGGCUCUGAUUUCGCCAAGCACCUUCUCAUGCACGGUGCCGAUCGCAUGUCGGUCUCCGGAGCGGUUCCAUCCCCUCCAGCACGGUCCAUUGCGGGUGCUCCAGACGACAUGCAUGCGCUGCUGGUGGCGCCCAUUGACACAGGUGCACUGCUAGCGGGCGAUAUGUCCCAGUACGACGCCCUCCUGGCUGCGCUGGACGAGGAGGCGCAGCAGCUUGACGAGGAGCUGGCCGGCAAGGAGGCCAGCAACACCGUCCUGCUGCAGCGCAUGCGUGCAACCAAGGAGGCCGUCACGGCGCGCAUGGACGCCCUGCAGGCGCAGCUGCAAGCAGCGCAGGAGGCUGAGACCGAGAUGCGCCGCCAGGCGGCUGACAAGGACAUCGCCAUCCUGCAGCUGCAGCAGCAGCUAACGCAGCUAAUUGGUAUGGCGAAGGUACCGGGUGGUGAUGCCGAGGCGACAGCGGAGUCGGGGGCGGGCGGGUCAGCGCCGCAGCUAGGGUUCGGCACUGACCUGUUGCAAGGCAACGUAGUUAUCGCGGCGCUGCGGCAGGACCUGGAUGCGGCGCAUGAGCGGCUGCGCGACGCGGGGCGGCAGCUGAGGGAGGCGCAGCAGCGGGCGGAGUCGGCGGAGGCUGAGGUCAGCCGUCUGCGGGAUGAGCUCUCCAAGCGCCGUUCGGAGCUGGUCAAGUUGCAAGGGGAGCUAGCAGCUAACGACCGUGUCCUGGCGGAUGCAGAAACGGCGCUGUCUGCGCUGGCUGCCAAGAAGGCAGGCCUGGAGCAGCAGCUUCGAGAAGCGCGUGAGGCGGAGCGGCAAGCGGUGGAAGCCGCGGAGGAGCUGAAGACGCAAGUGACAUCCAUGCAUGCGCAGCUGGAAGCUACGCUGGAUGCGGCUGCUUUUGCCGCGCCGCCUGACACGGAGACGUCCAACAGCCUGGCAGGCACCGUACAUGACCGAAUGGUCAACUACCUCCAAAGCCUGGGCACAGCAGACCCUGCCGGCCAGACACAUGACGCUGGCGCCGGCGACGCUGCCGGCGGCCAGCCAGCCCAUGUGUCUGAAGGUCAAGGCGCUUGCACCGCAUCCACACCCACUGGGACCGCAUCUCAGGCUGCCAUGGCACGAGCUUCUGCCUCUCCAGCCGCCGCCAGACGCUAUCCGUUGUGCCUCCGCACAAGCGAGACGGGUUCCUGGUCGACCAUCUCCGUCUCGAACCCAGGCGGUCCGGCUGACCCGUGGGACGGCCUGAGCACCUCCGGCUGGGACAACGGCAUCGUCGGCAGCGCGGGAGGCAGCAUGCCGGGCGUGAUGAUAUCUCCCAGGGGGAUGUUUGCCAUGGUCAGGCCUGGAUCUAACCUGUCUCCGAGGUCUCGGCGCAGUGAUGUUGCCGGCGCUCGGCUAGGCGACACUUCUGGUGCACCGGCAGGAGUGAAGUCCUCACAAGAAGGCCUGUCCACCGAGUCGUCCAGGAACGACCAGUCCGAGCACAGCGGCAACAGCGCGCCCGCCCUGGACGCCAGCGGCGGCUGCACGGAUGCAGAGGGGCCCUCCACCAGCGGGACUCGAGUGCCCAGCUCCGCGGCGUCAGACUCCCUGCCGGCAGCCUCAGGCAGCAGCGCCGCCGGGCUUGUCAUGAAGGCUCGAGCCAGCCUGGCGGCGGCCGCCACGGCAGCCGCUGCCGUUGCGGGCAACACCGGUGCCACCCCCAGCGGUGGUGUCACUCUGGCUGUGCUCAGGUCACCCGGGUCAUCCCGCAGCGGUACCAGGUAUGGUGCUGCCUCGGAACAGGGCGGGAGCAGCUCGCGACAGAGCCUGGAACGCAUGAUUGGUCAGGUGGGCAGUGCGGUGCCUGGCCCGCCACCUGGCCGGGCCUCCGCGACAGCAGUGCUCCAGCCGAGCGCCAUGGAGGGCGCAGCGGCAGGGAUGGCGGAGGCGCGCAGCAUGGCGGGCUCGCUACAAGCGGCGCAGAGCGUGCCUGGGUCUCUUUCCUCCCGCCUGUUUAUGAGCCCGCAGCCGUUCUCGGCCGCGGCGCCCCUCAGCCUCAGGUCGCCCAGCUUCCCCAGCACUCCCACAGCAGCGUCCACAGCGGUGGCGGCCAGCGAGGAUGCUGCAGGCUCCUUUGUGCCUGCUACAACUCCAGUGCCUUCAUUAAAAUUCCGAGACCCUAAGCUGCCGGGGCGUCAUGAAGCCGUGGUGGAUGCCGGCAAUGCACUCCAGAGCUCCUCCUUCCGCCUGGCAUCUCCUGCAGGCCUGGCAACGCCGCCGCACCGGAGCACUGCCCUAGGCACUGGCAGCGGCGCCGCCGCUGAGGCUGCCAGUGGAGGCGUCCCGGCCGGCGGCGGCAACAGCAGCACUCCCAUGAUCAGCCCCGCCAGCACCAUUGAGGGCAGGGCGCUCAGCCGCGCUGUUCACCAGGUGGCCAAAACGCUUUCGAGCCCCUUGCGCCCUUCUACCGCAGCAGCUCCUGGACCCAGCGGGCCAGCUGAACCGGCGGCUGCAGCCGCGACGGCUGCGCCAUCCCAGAGCCCGGAGGCGAAGGCUGUGCCGACCUCCAAGAGCCUGCCCAUCCUGCAAGCCUUGGCGCAGAGCCUGUCGGUACCGAACCGGCGACAGCCGCAGUCCUCGCUUGCAGCUCUGAGCAAGUCGACAGCGGGCAAUCGCCACAGCAAGGCCGAUACCGGAGCUUCUGCUGCGGCCGGCUCCCCAGGCGCACCUGCAGGGGAUGCAGCGACAGCCGCUGUGUCGCCUUCACCCACUGCUUCCGAGGCAACCUUCAGCCAGUCCGCACGGCAGACCGUGGAUGACCUACACGCCAGUGCCAGCAGCGCCAGAGCUUCAUCCACGUACAUGGGCGACGCGCUUCGGUCCUCGCCGUCCUUCCCCCUGACGGCGCAGCAAUCUCCCACGUCCGGCAACACCAGGACGAGCACAGCGGAUGACGCCGCCUCCACUCCACGGCGCCGGGAGGGUGGCUUGACUGCCCGGUCUCCUGGACGGCAGACUGGAGCUCGGCUGCUUACCUUUGGCUUGAGCACUGGGCACGCGGAGGGAGGCGAUGACGGCGACUCUGCGCUGACCCAGCGGCUUGCUGCCAUGGAUGAAGCGCUUCGAGCCAUUGGGGCCGUUUGAGUGAUGUGCGAAGGGGGGCACUCACCCGGUAGCUUGCGGUUUCCUUAGCAAGGCUGGUCUUAGCGGGACAGUGACGGUAUUAAGGCAUCGCAUUGUGCAUGUUGAUCUUCAUUCGGCUAGGGGCACAUGUCUUGGCAUGCUGCUCCAAAGGUGUGUUGUGUAUAGCGGCAAAGGCAUGCCGGCAUGCGGACAUGUCUCGUGUGCGCGCAUGUGGUGACGCGUCACAGCUUUUCCUCGAUGUUUUGACUUAGCUACAGGGAUUCCCUUAUUCAUGGGUAGGGAGACGGGAUGCCCAGGCGCCAGGCUUGUCAGGAUUCCAGGGUUGGGUUGUGCAACCAUGUAUUGCGGUUGGGACACGGUCCCUGGGAUUUGGCUGUAGGGUUGUAUGCCCGCCUUGGUCUGCUAGCGAAAACCAGGACUACGGCCAAACAAUUGAUUCAUCCUUCCUGCAAUCAGGACAACCACCAUCGCACCAUGUGUUUGGGUGCUUUCGCUACCAUCCGUGUGCACACAAAGCACGGCUCGGCCGCAAUGUGGAUGCUAAACUGCUAUAAAUUUUGAACUGCGUUAUACGGCUUGUACCUUUAUAUGUGCAGCGAAGGGAAGGAAUUUAUGUAGCAACGGCCAGCUGCCCAAGUGGGGCGGUUCUUCACGGUAGUUUGGGCAGCUUGAUAUUGGCAGUAUCGGUUUGUGCAUGAGGGACAGUGUUUGGACCCUCAUGCCCUCUUAUGUCCGUUCAUGCCAAACACAGUUCACACCACGUUGGUUGCCAUGUCUGCCCAAAGGACAGGCGCACUGCGUACGGCUCAUUUCGUCUAGUUAUGCAGGCACUUUGGUGUUCAACCCGCACAUGCCGAC